AUUAGUCAGUUAUGAUGUCCUGUUGAUUCAACAGCUACAUGAUAAAAACUCUGUGCAGCCUGUUCUCAGCUUUGUUAGUAAGAAGGGGCUCCAUGGAUCUGCUCACAUUUCUGGUGCUCACUCUCUUCUGUCUGCUUCUUCUCUCACUCUGGAGACAGAGGUUGGGGAGGGCGAAUCUCCCUCCUGGCCCCACUCCUCUCCCACUUGUUGGAAACAUCUUUCAGAUAGAUGUGAAAGACAUCACCCAAUCUUUAACCAAUUUCUCAAAGGUCUAUGGCCCCGUGUUCACUCUGUAUUUUGGAAUGAAGCCCACUGUGGUGUUGCAUGGGUAUGAGGCAGUGAAGGCUGCUCUGAUUGAUCAUGGGGAGGAGUUUUCUGGAAGAGGAAGCUUCCCAGUGGUUGACAAAAUUAAUAAAGGUCUUGGAAUUCUUUUUAGCAAUGGAAAGAGAUGGAAAGAAAUAAGGCGCUUCUCAAUCAUGACCCUGCGGAAUUUAGGCAUGGGCAAAAGGACCAUUGAGGACCGAGUUCAAGAAGAGGCUCAGUGCCUUGUGGAGGAACUGAGAAGAACCAAUGGUGAGAAAAUCUUUCUGUUUUGACUUUUCCAUCCUGUUCUAAGUUUGGGUAUACA